AUGGCUUCUCAGAAGACGCCAUCCCUCGUCGAACUCGCCGAGCAGAUCCUUGCGGCAGCCAAAGACCUCGAAGCGGCCGUCUCAGCACCGCCUGACUUCGAGAACGACACCCUUACCGAGCUUCCCGAGUCUCUAUCAUGCACACGCAAAGCUCUCAUCGACGCAACUAGCACGCUCAACGCUCUAGCACGCGGCUCAACCGGCACCUACGGCCACGUCCAACACCUGAGCUGCUAUCAGUGGCUCGACCAGAUCUCCCUCCUAGCCCUCUACCGCUUCCACAUCCCCCACACCAUCCCCCUCAACAGCUCCAUCUCCUACGCAGGCCUAGCCGACCGCUGUACCCUCGACAUCUCCAAACCUUCCCGCCUCCUCCGCUGCGCCAUGGCCGCGCACCUCCUCCACUCGCCCUCCCCCAAACAAGUCGCGCACACCGCCGACACCCACCUCCCCGCCACCGACCCCACCAUGUGGGACUUCGUAGGCUGCACCCUGACCGAGCUGCGCCCCGCCGGCUUCGCGGUCCUGGACGCCAUGGCCCAGUGGCCCGGGAGCCAGGAGCUUCACCAGACGGCCUGGAACGCGUGCGCGAGGACGCCGAAGACCUUCUACGAGGACGUCGUGCUCGGGGAUGCGGAGCGCGCGACACGGGUUGGCGGCAUGGUGGUGCAGGCGAUCACGGAGGCCGGGCGGGCGGGAGGCUUAUCUGCUGUCGGAGGCGUAUCC